AUGGCGGCGUGGUACUACGCAGUGCGCAGCGGUUACAAGCCGGGCGUCUACGAAACAUGGGAUGACUGCAAGCGCCAGGUGGACGGCUUCAGCGCGGCUGAGUUCCGCAAGUUCAAGAAAAAGCAGGAUGCCCUCAAAUUCAUAGGCAGUGCAUCGUCAGACGCAGCUCUUUACCCAGAAGAUGAAAGUGCCACCGCCGGAUCUUGGGUUCGGAACAACUUGCUGAAGGAAACAAAUCACAAGCUUCGAGAGAAGCCUCAGUUUACUCUGUCGCGAAAGAAUAUCGUUUCCACUGCCAUUCCUGUGGUUUACACUGAUGGAGCAUGUUCAGACAAUGGCGGUAAUAAUGCAGCAGCAGGGAUCGGCGUUUAUUGGGGCAAAGACGAUCCGAGAAAUGUAAGUGAGCGACUAGAAGGUAAGCAGACUUCAAAUCGUGCUGAGAUUGAAGCUUGCUGUCGAGCGGUUGAACAGGCAAUUCAUUUUGGUAUGAGGAAGAUAGAAGUUCGUACCGACAGUGCUUACGUGGUGAACGCAAUCACGAAGUGGAUGAAUAAAUGGGACGAAAACGGAAUGACCAGAAGCAAUGGACAGGAAGUACUGAAUUUGAUUGACUUAAUGCGCCUGCGACGACUCGCUGAACGUCUCGAGGUUACUUGGAAGUUGGUCAGAGGCCAUUCUGGUAAUGAAGGCAAUGAAGAGGCUGACAAACUUGCCAGACUGGGUACCGAAAAGGACGCCAAAUAG